AUGAGCUCUGUUUUCCGCCACGCCGCUCGCCAGUGGCGCCGCACGGUCCACGCCAAUGGCCGCCGCCUUACGACGGACGCCACGGCCGACGCCAAGGAAUUCUACGGCCGCAAGCAGCAUUGUCAGCCCUACUGGGACCACUCCCGGCACCACGGCGGCGGCGCCAUCUUUGCGAUCGCUACAUUUGCUGGCGGGUACUGUAUCGGAUCGUCGUCGUCGUCGUCGAUCGACCCGGGUCGUUGCGACUGGCAACAGGAGCUGCGCGACGACAACCGCGAGCUAAAGCGGCGUCUUGACGACCUCCAGCGCCUUGCAAUGCGUUCCAACGCUACUGCGAUAGCUGCGCCGUAACUAUACCUAUACUUUACGAACGACAAUUGGAAGAAGCAUGACGUGCCUGAUCCUUACGAGAACC